UUAAGCAGUGCAGACGUAUAUCCAAUAUCUGCACAUUUGUAAUAUUGAACAGUGUUUUGUUUUCAAUGGCUAAAUUCUUUCUGCGCCGAUUAACAAUUUUACUAACUGUGAUUCCUCCAAGUACAAUGGACCAACAUUUUUGUUUCUGUGAUGAGCAACUUUUAAAUGAGAAGACAAUCAACCAUCUGUCAUGAAAAGUGAACGAGACAGUCCAGUCGGUACACGCCGGAGAACGAACAGCAACUCCACACCACCAAUGGAUAGACAUAACUGUUACGAUAAUCUGGAUAAAGCAACUGUAAAAAAAAUGGCCAGUACCGCUAAAGAUGAGAAUGAGGCUUGUACGUGUCAUGCUGAUGAUGUCAGUAAAUGUAGAAGUAGAGACUGUGUUGGUGAAAAGAUUCGUAGUAUGCCUCAGCCGGCCCAUCUUGCUGCGUUAAGGGAAUUUGACGAUACCAAAGUUAUACCAAAUCAGAAAAUUUCGCACAAAAAUUGUGCAAUGGUUGAAACCGAUGAAGCGACGUUUAUCUAUCCUGAGGAUAAAGUUGUAUAUCUGGAGUCGCCGGAUUCAUCUGAUGAGGACCCAAACAAAGAUUCGUUGCAAAGUAACAGCAGUGGACGCGCCCUGUUAGCGCAGACGGCCCGUGAGAUCUCGAGUAAUGAGCGACUCCCAACGGUCCCCGAAGCAGCAUUUGGGUCAUGCAUCAGCGUGACCAAGACUAUGAAAGAUGCGAGUAACAUGGCACACCUGCUUCAAGCUGAUCAACUUCCCAACAAAUACACAUAUAUCAAGAAUCAUGUACUAUUAUGUAUCAGUUUCAUGUUCACAUUCACAUCCUUUUUUUCGGUGCGUACUCUGCAGAGUAGCAUCAAUCAUGAUGGAGGACUUGGACUCCUAGCCCUGAGCACAUUUUACUGUUGUUAUGUCUGUGGGUGCAUCUUUGCCCCUCUAGUCAUACAGAAAGCGAGACCAAAGUGGACCAUGUUCUGUGGAAUGAUCGGACAUCUCUUUUUCAAUGCGGCCAACGUGUACCCAGCCUACUACACCCUCCUCCCGGGGGCAUGCUUCGCUGGUUUCGGUACGGCCCUCCUCCUGAUCGCACAGGGAACAUACUUGUCGAGUAUCGCAUGUUCCUACUCCAUCGUGACGCAGAAGAAGAUUGAAUACGUCAUGACGACAUUUGUUGGAAUCUUCAUCCUGUUUCUUCAGACGGGACAAAUCUUGGGCAACGUUAUCUCAUCUGUCGUUCUCAAGAAUCUAGCACCUCUGAUUGACCCUGAAUUCUACCUGGGGACAGGAACCUCAAGUUUACAACCUGCUAUUGUCGGGGAAUCUCACGAUCACCACACAAACCCACUGAUGAAUUUUUCCUCAGCGAAUCUCCAAAAUGAAGAAGUGGUUGGGAUCUUUGGCACAGGCGUCACCCAGAAUCUCUCUGCACUUACUGGACCGCUACGCCAUAAUAUGUCAUUAUGUGGCGCCAACUAUUGCCACUGGCAUGUCUUAGAUACGUCAAUGUAUGCAAUCAGCCCUCGUGUCUUGUACGUCCUGAUGGGCGUGUACACGUGUUGCAUCAUUCUGGCUCUCAUCACUAAUGGCUGCUUCAUCAACAAGCUCGACAUCAUCUUCCAAGUAUCCAAGAAGUCUGUCUGGCAGCAGCUGACCAGUGUCGGUCACAUGUACGCCGACAAGAGGAUGAUGCUCAUCUUUGCAUUGUUGUGCUGGGAUGCUUUCCUGCAGAGCUUUACAUUUGGCGACGUAGUCAAGGCGUUUACAACAUGUAGCCUUGGUGUACACAUGGUCGGUUAUACUGUGAUCUGUUAUGGUUUGUGCGCAUCCGUCAUCGGGGCGAUGUCGGGAUUAUUACAGAAACUCCUCGGACGAGUUGCUCUAAUAUCAAUUGGUGUUGCUGGAUCUUAUGGCUUGUUCUUUUUUCUGAUGUUCUGGGCGCCUCACCCCCAGCAGAGUUACGUCAUCUUCCUCAUCUUUGGAGGCCUUGGUGUUGUCGAUGGCAUCAUUAUGACACAGUGCAACAGUUUGGUUGGCCUGUUGUUCCAGAAGAAGAAAGAACCAGCGUUCGCAUUUGCGAAGAUGCAUCAGGCGCUAACGCUAGCGUUAUUCUUUGGUAUUUCGCAGUUCCUGUGCAUGCGGACCAAGAUCAUCAUUGGGAUUUCGUUCCUGACUGUCGCAUAUGUCCUGUAUAUCGCACUGGAGGUCAUGAUACGCCCAGAAAAGAAAAAGAAGAAGAGUAAAAGUAGCAAAAUGCCAAAACCGGUCAAUGUCUAGGAGGUGCAGUUUAUUGUUUAAUGUGGCUUUUACUACAAUUUGAAAGAGUUGCUGACUCUGAACAAUUCAACUUAGGCAUCGUUGGGAGCUUUUACUACAAACUCUGUUCCGGACAGAGACUUUUACUACAAACUCUGUUCCAUACGGAGACUUUUACUACAAACUCUGUUCCGGACUGAAGAGUGUUGACAUUCAAGGAAGGUAGGAAUGUUGUCAAGGACCGAGCCUGCUGAUUAUACAAUAUGUGUCUGUAUUCGCAUGUUCAAGUUCUUUGAGGGUAAAACAUCUGCUGCUGCGCUUUCUUUCCCAUUUCCUAAGACAAAGUGAAGUCAUUGAGCGGUUGCAACCAAUCUUGUCUCUGCAAUCAUAGGGUGGGUCAUGCUAACAAUCGGUGCCAAACUGAAAUUAUGCGUUAAUGUCACUAUUUAUAGUCAGUUCUUCAUUUGUUAGAAUGCUUUAUCACUCCUCGCCUUAUGGGCAAAACAUUUUCUCUCUGCCCCUUGAUAACAAUUUUAUUUGGGUCAGAGGUCUCAGGAGGCAUUUCAAGUACUUUAAUAGUACUCUAGUUGACCAAAUCAUGAUCUCACCUGAGUGCCUGAGGGCCUCUAGUUAUUUUUGAAGUUUUUGUUAGGGAAAUCUCAGUUUAUUAUCAAGUUUUAGCACUUGGUCUGCUACAUAGUCAUUCAUUUUAUUUUCUCUGUAAAAAUCUCAUGUUGUAGAUCUGAACUUUUUAUAAUGGGAGCAAGAAGUAUUUGUGAUGAUACCAGGGUAAAUGAUCAUUGUCUCACUGCCGUGCCAUCUAUGUGUGGUAGAAUGCACCUGCUAUGGUUGUAUGUAUCGCCUGUUGUGAUAGUGUUUGCUGUGUCUAGUGCUUAAAUGUAAUGUUAAUGUAUGACAGAGCUCCAGGAUCAAUGGUGCAACAUUCGUAUAUUGUUGGACUUUAUGCCUUUCAGGCAAACUUUUCUUUCUGAAAGCUCAUUUUUCAGUGAUAUCUUGGAGGCAACGUCUGCCCAACCGCGUCCCUGUUCAGUUUGCACUUGCUUCUGACAGCAGGGCCAUCCAUGUCUCAAGCUCGGUGUCUUGGCUUAAUCUGGACCUCGUUACGAGUGAAAAUAUUGACUUCAUUUUGGAUAUUUGGCAUCGGUCAUGUCAGUUGACCGUAUAGCGUGUUAUCAUCAGAGCAGCAUUCUGAUUAAUCGCCAAUGGUGUUUUACUGGUCAGUCUGCACACAGAUGAUGAUACAUCGGAAUACUGGACUGCACGGAUUUACAAAACUUUUGAUGAUCGAAUUGAUUUAUUGCGGAGUGAUUGGCGGUUUAUAGAGGAUGUAUUGUAAUCAAUGAAUAAACUUAUAUCACAAUAGUA